AUGUCCUCCCGACCCAAGAAGAACAUUCGCCCCCUCAAACGCUAUAUCACCACUCACGAUGCCUCCGGCAAGGCCAUCUUCUCCAGCGCCCUGUCCGAGGAAAUGCCCGUAACCACCAUCCCGGAUGGCGCCGACUUCAGCCUCGCGUACACCUCCUCGCACUUCCCCGCCAAGCUCAACGACGAGGCCGACAUCCCAGAGUACGCGAGCUACCUCUCGAACCCGCCUGGCAUCGUGAUCAGCACGGGCUCCGUGUGCCGGAUCGUGGAUAUGCAGCCUGGGGCGACGAGCCCGAUGCACCGCACCGUGAGCCUGGACUAUGGGGUUGUGCUGGAGGGGGAGGUCGAGCUUGUCCUGGACUCGGGGGAGACGAGGCUGAUGAAGAGGGGGGAUGUGAGUGUGCAGCGGGGGACGAACCAUGCGUGGAGGAAUACGAGUCCGACGGAGUGGGCGCGGAUGCUGUAUGUACUUAUGCCGGCUGAGGAAAUCGAGAUUGGGGGGAAGAAGCUGGGGGAGGAGUUGGGGCAUAUUGGGGUUAGGCCUAGUACUUGA